AUGUCAACUACUAAUGGCAAUGUAUCGGAGAAGACGAUAUACUUAGGUGCAUUUGCCCAUUGCACCUCUCUACAAGAAGUCGACAUCUGUGAGGCUGGAGCCAUUGGCGUGGAUUCAGACGGCAAGAUUGCAUUCAUCGAGAGAGACAUCGGAGACAUUCCAGCAUACAAACUUCGAGAACGAAAAGACGGGUGGGAGAAGGCAAAGAUCGUACAAAUACAAGACCAAGGAUUCUUCUUUCCGGGCUUCAUAGACACACACAUCCACGCCUCGCAAUAUCCAAACUCGGGCAUUUUCGGCAAGUCGACGUUACUUGACUGGCUCAACACCUAUACUUUCCCGCUGGAAUCGUCCUUUACGGAUCUGGAAAAAGCCCGUCGUAUUUAUGCUAGGGUAGUCAACCGCACCCUCUCCCAUGGCACAACAACAGCUUGCUACUAUGCAACCGUCCAUGUCGAGGCUACUAACCUGCUCUCUGACAUUUGCUUGUCGAAAGGCCAACGUGCAUUUGUCGGCCGCGUCUGCAUGGAUCAAUUAAGUCCAGACUACUACCGUGACGAGAGUGCCGAAUCCGCCAUCGAAGCCACAGAAGCUUGCAUCGCACAUGUGGCCAAGAUCGAUCCCAAACACCACUUCAUCACUCCCAUCAUCACCCCUCGCUUCGCACCCAGCUGCAGCGAAGGAUGUCUAAGCGCUCUAGGCAAGCUCGCACACAAAACCGGUCUUCCCGUGCAAACGCACAUCUCAGAAAACAAGUCCGAGAUCAAACUGGUGGCCGAGUUAUUCCCUAACAACAGCUCCUAUACCGAUGUCUACGAUAAAGCAGGAUUACUCACCUCAAAGACCAUUCUCGCACAUGCAAUCCAUCUAUCCCCAGAAGAGCGCGCAACCAUCCGUUCUCGUGAUGCAAAGAUCAGUCACUGUCCAGCCUCCAACACAGCACUAACCUCCGGAGCAGCACCUGUAAGGACUUUGCUCGACGAAGGUCUUACAGUAGGCCUAGGAACGGACGUUAGUGGAGGUUACAGCCCCAGCAUCUUGGAGGAAGCCCGUCAAGCCGUUCUGGUCAGCAGACAUGUCGCCAUGGUAGAUGGCGAUGCUUCAAAGCUGAGCACAGAAGAAGCACUGUGGCUGGCCACCCGUGGCGGCGCAAAGGUCGUCGGUCUCGAAAAUCGUGUUGGUGGAUUCGAGAUUGGCAUGGAUUGGGAUGCACAGAUGAUCAGCCUGGAUGUUGUGAGCGAUGAUGGAGAAAUGGAGGAUACCGACACAACAGGACCCGUCGAUGUCUUCAUGUGGGAGAGCUGGCCAGAUAGACUCAACAAAUGGUUCUAUGGAGGUGAUGACAGAAACACAGCUGCUGUAUGGAUUAAGGGUCGCUUGGUGCAUACAACGCAUAAGUAUCAAGGUUGA